GGCGAGUCUCCGUGGUCCUUUCCUAAUCCCCCAAACCCUCGACCAAGUGGCCGCUUUCCCUUCCGCCGUUCACGUCCACGGCGAUCGCCGCGCCGCCCGGCUGCUCACCGCCAGCGCUUUCGCCGACGGCGAUGUCGUCUUCGGAGCCGCGCCCGCGCCCCGCCGUCCCCUUCUCCGUCGAACUGCCCGCGGACGCGCUGUACGAGGUCCUCCUCCGCCUCCCGGCCAAGGACCUCUGCCGCUUCCGCGCCGUCUGCCCCGCCUGGUGCGCCCUCACCUCCGACCCGCUCUUCGUCACGGCGCACAAGUCCCGCCACCACACGGCGCCCCCGCUCCUCGCCACGGCCUACCGCGACGCCGAUGGGGUCAGCGGCGUCGCGAUUUCGGAUUUGUCGGGCAACGUCUUGAAGAGGAUUCCAAGCGCCGGGUACACGUUUGUUAUGAAAAUCGCGGGCGAUGCCAUUGGCCGGUUCACAAGCAAGGACGACAGCAUCAUUGUUUUGAGCGCGCGGCUAGACCUCGUGUGUUUCAGCUGGGAAGAUUACUCUGAGGCCUUGUGGGUGCUGAACCCGACCACCGGAGCCACUAUCGACUUGCCAACGGGCCGCUCCGAGACCGAGUCGUGUGCUUUUGGGCAGGUCCUCCGCGUCUCUAGAAUCGGUGACUGCUGUCAGCCGCAGGUAUGUGAGGUUAUCACCUUUGAUGACACCAACCAUGGAAGUUGGAGGAGAAAGCAGGACCCUCCGUGCUAUAUCUCAUCCAGAUGCAGGACGGGAUGUGUGGUCGUCGAUGGGGUGGUGUACUUCUUGAUGGAUUUUUACUCAACAUACUUCAGAACUCGCAUGAAAACCACUGGACCUGGUAGCAUAGCUGCGUUCGACCUUGAGACAGAGGAUUGGACAGGUGUUCGACCGGGGCCAGAGCCGGUGCACAGGUUUGUGCAAGAGAACGAGGUUUACGGUUACCCAAAACUCGAACUCAUGUUAUCAUUGGCUGAGUUGGACGGCUGCUUAGUUAUGGUUCAUAAUAUUCAUUACAAAUCUAUGGACUUGUGGUUUUUGACAGAUUUUGAGAAAGGUACCUGGGUUAAGAGAUACAGCAUGCCUUCACAUGUUGCUAGGCCUUAUAGGUAUCCUUUUCUGAUGUUAGAUGAUGGGAGAAUUUUCUUCAGUGGGUCGGAUGGUCUACAAGGUUUAUUUAGUGUUGGAGAGCAAGGACGGGGAUUUGUGCGAAGUUAUGAUUCAAGAAAUGACACUUACUCUGAUGUGCUAAAACUGGAAGAUUCCAGAUCCAUUAGCAUUUACACAGGAAGCCUGCUGAGUCUGUAGAGUAGCCGUCAGUAAUGUGGUGAAUAAUGCAUCAUACUGGUUGUUCACCUUAUGUCCUAAAUGUGAACAGUUAGUGAGACAAUGUUCUGAUGCAUGCAUCGAUGAAACACAAGUGUGCCUUCAAAGUAUAUUAUGUUCCAUCUCCGAUACAUUUUGCAUGAGAAGAUUUGCAGUUUUUUGUUCGUUCCA